AUGCGUCAUCAGCGCAGUCCCAUCCAGUCGAGUGUCGCGGAAGGCACCAUACGACUGUUCACCAGCAUCGAGCGCAAUUCCCAGCUGCGGCCGUUUGCAAGGCCGUCGGCAACAAGGGGACGGACGGAACAGGGCGGAGGGGCUGGUGGCCCGGCCGGUUCGGUUGGCGGCAUGCGUGCCAUGGGUGGGGAAGGCGAGCAAAGCUUGCUUGCUUACCUAGGUGAGGGGCAGGGCCUGUCCGUUCGUCCCAUGUUCUUGCUUCCGUCCCUGUUCAGCUUCCUCAUUCAGUGGAGCUUCGGUUCGUACUUUGAUCACUUCAUCCAGGAACCAACCCUGAGAAGAGGGAUCCAAACAUCAUGGCCAAUUGCAUGGCUCGCGCGAAAUUACAAGCGCUUCAAGCUCGACUUGAUCUAUCGACGACUACCCAGCUUGGAUUUGAUUGAGCAGGAAGUGACGGAGCGCAAAAGCAACAAUACACAUUGUAUUCUCCGAAGGCAGGUAUUUUGGGCCCUCAUCUUCAGGAAUGCACUCAGUGACGCGACCUUCAGCGCCAUGCCAUGA